GAAAAUGGAAAAUACACGUUAACGCGUCCACCAGGUCUAUACCAUUCAUCAACCUCUUCAAUCAACGGUUGAACUGGAUGCUGGAUUGCUCCAACAACAAGUACUUUUAUCCAAAGGUAAGACUGGAAGCUAUUUCACUAUCUAUCCUGGUGGCAGACGUGUGAGAUUACCAACAAAUACCCUUCAUUCCACUCUAAUGUUCAACUCUCGAUUCGACCAUUUCAAAAUGAGAGGAACACUACGCAAUUGCUUUACGACAUCAAGUCUAAUUUCUCAGGCUCAGAAUAUCUUUCCAGUGCUUCAAUGGUCGCAUAUACAAAUUAUGGCCACGGAAUAGCGAAUCUACUACGUCAAAAUCAUAUCUCUCGAGCGAAACCCCAGAGUCAUGUCUUCCCCGCAACCUUUUAUGCAAUCGUCCCCUCUUCAGGCCUCGCCGUCGCGUCGCAAGAAGAGUCGGUUUACGUAUAGACACCUCGCACAGUUGGCUCUUUCUGCUACGUCAUGCCCUCUGAGGGUGAUCGCGCAUCUCGACCUUGACGCAUUCUAUGCGCAGGUUGAGAUGGUAAGAUUAGGAAUUGAGGAGGACAAGCCAUUAGCUGUGCAACAAUGGUGAGGAUUCUUCCUCAAUGGCAAGGUCUCAUAGCUAUCAAUUAUCCAGCCAGGGCAUUUGGUCUCAACCGUCAUAUAACUAUUACAGAAGCGAAGAAGCUAUGUCCAGAUCUCAUAUGUCAACAUGUUGCAACUUGGCGCGAAGGCGACGAAAAAUGGGCUUAUCACAACGAUGCUUUUAAGAAUAUUGCUACACAUAAAGUCUCUCUCGAUCCUUACAGACUCGAAUCAAAACGGAUAUUGGCGUGUAUAAAAGAUUGUCUACCAAAACAUUUGCAGAGAGUUGAGAAAGCUAGUGUAGAUGAGGUUUUCAUGGAUCUAUCUGCCCAAAUCCAUGCGACGCUUUUGGAGAGAUAUCCUGAGUUGAAGGGUCCUGCUCCUUAUGAUGAUUUGACAGAACAACUGCCGCUACCCCCCACGACUUUUCUCGACUGGAAAGCCGAUGCACUCGUGGAUCUAGAUAAGAAUGAAGCGGAAACUGAUGACCCUGAUUGGGAUGAUAUAGCAAUGCUGAUUGGUUCUGAAAUCGUACGCACAGUUCGGGCCGCAAUACGUGAGAAACUCAAAUAUACUUGUUCGGCCGGCGUUGCCCAAAACAAAAUGCUUUCUAAAUUGGGUUCCGCGCAUAAGAAGCCAAAUCAACAAACGGUUAUCCGGAAUCGGGCAAUUCAGCAAUUUUUAUCAGGCUUCAAGUUUACUAAAAUUAGAAAUUUGGGAGGCAAGACAGGUGAGGAAGUGGUCAAGCUAUUUAAUACAGAUAUGGUCAAUGAUCUGUUGCUUGUUCCCGUGGAGCAAUUGAAGCAAAAAUUAGGAGAAGAGACUGGGACGUGGGUCUACAACGUCAUUCGUGGAAUUGAUGUCAGUGAUGUCAAUUCACGAACUCAGAUAAAGUCGAUGUUAUCUGCAAAAUCGUUUCGACCUAGCAUUAACACACCCGAACAGGCUAACAGAUGGCUCCGCAUUUUUGCGGCGGAUAUACAAUCCCGAUUAGUGGAGGAGGGGGUUCUAGAGAACAAGAGAAGGCCCAAGACGAUCAAUUUGCACCAUAGACAUGGAGCCCAAAGCAAAUCUCGACAAGCGCCUAUUCCGCAAGGAAAGCAGAUGGAUGAAAUACUCCUUUUUGAACUUGCCAAGACACUUCUGAAUCAAAUCAUGCUUGAUGGGAGGGUUUGGCCUUGUUCUAAUUUGAGUUUAAGUGUCGGCGGGUUUGAGGAUGGAGUGCCCACUGGUAACAUGGGUAUCGGGGCGUUUUUGGUCAAAGGUGAUGUAGCCAGGGCUCUAAACAAUCCAGCUCCGCGAGCCCCGAACGUAUCUGCGGAGAGACCUGAAAAGAGACGCCGUGUACUUGAUGCAGGAAUCCAGAAAUUCUUCGUCAAAACAGAUAGCGUCGAAGAGCACGAUGAUGAUUUUGGCGGUGAGCAGAGUUUAGCCGGGCCAGGCAUCGUAUAUGAGGAAAAGGGGCAUUCGCUUCCCAAAAUGGAUUUCAAGGCUGCACGUUUACCACAAGAGAAUGAGGCGGCCAGAAGCCCAGAAAUACCAGCCAAUCCCUCUGCCCCAAAACAAUCACAAAUUACGGAAUUUCUAUGCACCCGUUGCAAUCAGGCGCUGGAUUGUGCAGAGGCAUUUCAGAGUCAUCAAGAUUGGCAUUUCGCUAAAGAUCUUCAUGAUGAGGAUCGUUCAAGGCGUACACCGCCAGCUCCUACUCCUUCCUCCGCCAGCAAAAGGGGUGUGGCAUCGAAGAAACGAGGCAACGGACGUGGUAGCCGACCAGAAAAGGGUCAAAGCAAGUUGACAUUUGGAUAAUGAAAAACAGAUGAAACAACUCUCUCCGACAGCAUUUUCACCAUAUCCUGAAGUGCCACACGAUACCUUUGACUUGUAGGUGAAUGCGCCGAGAUUUUACCACUCGUGCUGAUGGACAGAGCCCUAUGGUUCCUUCCAGAGGGCGGCCAAUUCAUGCUCGAACUAUGCUCCGGUAUACUGUGCAACUGGAACCAUGUGCUCACCGGGAUCGCACAUGUUGGAUGCAACGUGAUGUCCGGAUGUACAAGCACGAUUUUGCGGUAUGAGCUCCAUUGGACAACGAAUUCGUAGAAUGUGAUCUUUCUGAAGCUACGAGUAAUGCAAUAACGACCAUUACUGCGAUAGUAUUCCUUCUAGAGGUUCAGCUGGAGCCGGCCACCCGGCCAUAGUAUGGCCUCACAAAUGAUAAGCAGGUUUGCCAUGGAUCCAGGCUGUCAGAUUUUACAAGCAACACUCGUACUUGGAUCUUCAGGACGGUCAUGCGCAAUAUUGGAGGCAUCAAGAACAAUAGAUAAUGUCUCACCCACACAAAGCACGCCUAUCUGGAUGAGAUGAGAGACAUGCCGUUAGCCCUACCAAAUUUGAGUCGUUCGUCUCUCGUCAGAUAUCCUGAUCGGCAGAGUACAUCAUCAACUACUGUACAUAUACAGUAAGACGCAAAGAGAUCCAGAGCCUCGUGGUGGUGAGAGGAAGUAAAAGAAUAAAAAUUAUCGGAUUAUCGGUCGGCCUGUAGUGACUCUAGACAAUCUACAAACGCCAGUCGCAUGGAUUUGUUGUCAAUGUGCCUUAAAUUAAUCCAUGUAUAAAAGUAUCAUGAUGGCUUCUCGAAAGACAAAUGAAAAUUAACUCUGAACGAUUGUGAA